AUAUCAUAUCAUGGAAGUAUGAUAACCAUGCUAUUUUUUGUUGUUGCAGGUUUCUUAUUUCUUUCUAAAGAUUUUGAGAGAGACAACUCUACCUCUCUUUUCAUUCUUCGAUAAUUAUGUACAAAAUUUAUAGAACUUAAAACCUUUAAAACAAAAUAUGGGCAUUAAGCUUCCACCAAUGUCCAAGCUAGAUGAAGAAAUAAAUGCAAAUCUAAAUUCAAAAUUGAGCCAAGUUGUAGAAAAACUAAGUCAAGAAAAGCAAGAACAAAAGGAAAAGGAGGAGAUACAAUGCUCGAUAUGUCUCAGCAAGGUUACAUCAUAUCUGACCUUACCCUGCUUACACAAGUAUUGUGAGGAGUGCAUUGUAACUCAUUUCAAGUACCAGAUAAACUCAAAAGUAUUAGUGAACACUUGUCCAGAUUGCUACAGAUGCUGUGAGGAAAAUUUCGUCACAAAUCUUCUAUCUCCAGAACUGAAAGAACGAUUUGAGCAAUUCAAACUACAGAAAUAAGGUUGAUAUUGACCAAAAGUUACAUUGGUGACCAAGGACUAACUGCGGGAAAUACGUGCAUGUUCCUGGAGUAAAGAAAGGCACUAAGCACAAGGCCACUUGUGAAUGUAGAUAUUCCUUCUGUAUCAACUGCCAUGAACCCUGGCAUGGUUCUAAGAGUUGCCGAAGAGUUGGUGACAAAGGAAUGAAAAAGUUCCAAAGUAAAGCAAUUGUGAAAAAGUGUCCGAAAUGUAACACAACUAUUGAGAAAAAUGAAGGAUGAAACCAUAUGACUUGCCAUGUAUGACAGUAUGAAUUCUGAUGGCUUUGAGGAGGCGAUUAUAAGAAUGGAAGACAUUUUACUUUUCUAAAUGGGUGAACAUACUUUGGAAAUGGAUCUUACAAUUAUCUACAAAUUGCUCUGUUGCUGCCCUUUUUCCUCUGUAUCAUCCCAUUUCUUGUCAUGUGUACUCUCAGUAAGAAAUGUUCUGAGAAAUAUCCGAUUUCAUGUUGUAUAAUCUGGAUCCCAUUAUCAUUUGUUGCUAUUGCCCUGGGCUUUGCAAUGAUAGGCUUUACUCCAAUUUGUUACAUUUUGUUGGCACUUAUCUUCUUGAGAAGUCUUAUUAAGCAGUGAAGAUAUCGAUAA